AUGGAAACGAUGUCAACACGACGGGCAAUGGUAUGCACCCAAACGGCGACAAGAAUGGAAACGUCAUGGAUGAUGCCAACUCUUCUGACUCCCUAA